AUGGGCGAAUUAAUCGAUCAUACCGCCAAUCAUCAACUGCCACUGGAAGUUGACCCUGCGGCCAGGAUUGGCGUCGAAGAAAUCCAAAACUGUCGAGAUGACAUGGAAAUCGAAGACAAGCCUGUCCCUUUCCCGAUCGCGAUUGUUGGAAUGGCCAUGAGAUUGCCCGGGGGCGUGAGCUGCGAGGAAGAAUUCUGGGACUUUUUGAUCAACAAACGUGACGGACUGUGUAAAGUUCCCGAUACCCGAUAUAAUAUUGACGCUUUUUAUCAUGAGUCAAGACCGGGUGCGAUACGAACACAGCACGGAUACUUCCUAGAACAUGAUAUUGGGCACUUUGACCCAGAGUUCUUCGGAAUUAGCAAGAUCGAGGCUGCCAAGCUUGAUCCCCAGCAAAGAAUGCUUCUGGAGAUUACUUGGGAGUGCAUGGAGAAUGGGGGUCAAGUAGGAUGGAGAGGAAAGAACAUCGGAUGUUACGUGGGUGUUUUCGGGGAGGAUUGGCUGGAUGUGAAGAUCAGAGAUCCCCAGGAUCAUGACCGGUAUCGUGUCGUUGGAGCGGGCCCCUAUGCGCUAUCAAACCGGGUGUCAUAUGAAUAUGAUCUUGGCGGCCCAAGCAUGACUAUUCAGACUGGAUGUUCAUCAUCCCUUGUAGGUCUGCAUGAGGCCUGCCAGGCUCUCUACUCUGGAGAAUGCUCUUCUGCCUUGGUAGCUGGCACCAAUCUCAUCUUUACACCAACAAUGACCACGUCAAUGUCAGAUAACAUGGUCAUUUCAAAGAGUGGUGUAUGCAGAACAUUUGACGCAGCAGCAGACGGAUAUGGUAGAGGAGAGGCUGUGAAUGCGAUUUUCAUCAAGCCUCUUGAUAAGGCUCUUCGAGACGGUGACCCGGUACGAGCUGUCAUUCGAUCGAGCGCAACCAACUGUGAUGGCAAAACUUCUAGCAUCACUACUCCAGGGUCUGCAGCGCAGGAGAGGUUGAUCAAGAAGGCUUAUAAGAAAGCUGGACUGGAUGUCUCCUCAACUGGCUUGUUUGAGUGCCAUGGCACAGGGACGACUGUUGGAGAUUUGGCAGAGACGUCCGUGGUGGGCAAAAUUUUUGGGGAAAAAGGGAUUCACAUUGGGGCAGUCAAACCCAAUGUUGGUCACUCUGAGGGUGCAUCUGGAAUCACAAGUGUGAUUCACAGUGUGCUCGCGCUGGAAAAUCGUACAAUUCCGCCUAAUGCUCACUUCCAAGAUCCGAAUCCCAACAUCCCGUUUGAGCAGGCGAAGCUGAAGGUUGCCGUGGAGCCGACUCCUUGGCCCGCGGACCGAAGCGAAAGAAUAAGCAUCAAUUCAUUUGGAAUUGGCGGGUCAAAUGCUCACGUUAUUCUUGAUUCUGCUUCUUCCUUGCAGAUUGGCACGUCUGCGAAUGCAGAUGGCCCACAGCUUCUGGUGGUCUCUGCAAAAUCAAAGGACUCGUUGAACGGGCAGAUUGAUCGUCUACAGGUUUAUCUGGAGUCGACAAAAUCAUCCUUGAGCGAUAUCGCGUAUACCUUGGGUUUGAGACGAGAGCAUUUGACUCACCGUGCCUUUGCGAUCACUCAAAGCGAUGAUAAAAUCUCGUCUUUUGAAAGGUCGGCCUCCGUGAAAGCAGCAACCGUCUUCGUAUUUACGGGUCAAGGUGCCCAAUGGUCUGGAAUGGGGAGACAAUUGAUCGAUAAGGCUCAAGGCUUCCGAGAAGAUAUUCAGAUGAUGGAUCGUGUCCUACAAGGGCUAAAAAGCAAGCCUUUGUGGUCGCUUGAAGAUGAGCUUCUGAAGUGCGACGAUCAGAGUAGAGUAGCGGAAGCAGAAUUUGCUCAGCCCCUCUGCACUGCCGUUCAGAUCGGUCUCGUUAACCUCCUUCGGGCUUGGGGCACUAUACCUGAUGCGGUAGUAGGGCAUUCCAGUGGAGAGAUUGCAGCUGGCUAUGCAUCAGGUGCAUUGUCCGCUGAGAUGGCGAUUCUCAUCGCCUAUUUCCGUGGCCAGGCCAUGAAGAAUCAAUCCAGCCGUCCUGGUGGCAUGGCAGCCGUUGGCCUUGGCCCCAAUCAGGUUGAACCUUUCCUGAAACCGGGCGUCGUCGUCGGCUGUUAUAAUAGCCCAGAAAGUGUCACUCUUUCAGGGGAUAGUGAAAUCCUCACAGAGGUUUUGGAUAAUAUUCAUGGUGACAGCCAGGACACAUUUUGCCGAAAGCUUGCCGUCAAUGUAGCGUAUCACUCGCACCAUAUGGCUGAAGCCGGUGAAGUCUAUGAGAAGAUGGUCGCUCCUCACUUCUAUCACCAACCCUCUAUGAUUCCAAUGUACUCCACUGUUACCGGGACAAUCGUGACAGAUCCCUCUAUCCUGAGCCCUAGCUAUUGGCGCAGAAACCUACAGUCCCCUGUUCUCUUUCAUACCGCAAUCGAAAGAAUUCUCAAAGACGACACCCAGUCAAAGCUCUUCCUAGAGGUCGGACCCCAUUCAGCCCUUUCCGGCCCUAUACGGCAGUCAAUGAAAAUGGCGAGUACAGGAGAGCACCGAUACAUUCCGACGAUCAUCAGAGACAAGGAGCCCUGGAGAAGUCUUUUGGCUGCAGCUGGUAAUCUUCACACACAUGGCGCCUCAAUUGAUCUCCGGCACAUUAUUCCCCGAGGAAAAGUUGUGACAAAGCUCCCCCCAUACUGUUGGCAGCAUAACGAGAAAUAUUGGGAUGAGCCCCGAAUUGUUCAUGACUGGAGACAUCGUCAAUUUCCUCACCACGAGUUGCUUGGCUCCCAGAUACUUGAGUCAAACCAUUUGGAACCAUGUUGGCGAAACAUUCUAAAGUUAGAAAAUGUCCUUUGGUUGUUGGAUCACAAGCUGGGCACUGACAUUGUCUUUCCUGCUGCUGGUUACGUUGCUAUGGCAGGUGAAGCUGUGCGGCGAUUUACUGGAUCACCAGACUACUCUCUGAGAAAUGUGUUCAUUCGCAGUGCCUUGAUUCUUGAGGACUCAGUUGAGAUAAUGACGAAUUUGCGGCCUGAAAAGCUCACAGACCAUGUUGACUCCCUGUGGUUUGACUUCACUAUUUCUACGUUUCAGAACGGAAAGUGGAAGAAACACAUCGUGGGUCAAGUUCGUGGGGGAGCUGAGCAGGAGUACGAUGUCCCCUCCAGACAAAGCUAUUCUCGACAAGUUGAUUCGGAAAAAUGGUAUCAUGCACUGAGCAAACGCGGUCUGAACUAUGGAGCCCAUUUCAGGGGACUUGAACAGAUCACAGCAAGUUCAACCACGCAACAGGCUUCCGCAGCAUUGCAUAGCAAUGAGCCGCCACUCGACAGCUACUAUGCUCUUCAUCCAACCUGCAUUGAUGAAUGCUUCCAGUUGUUAAGUGUAGCAGCAACACAAGGGAUCUCGCGGCGCAUGACAAGAAUGUGCAUACCAACUGCCAUUGAAUCUCUGUAUGUUACUGAAGGCCGUGGGUCAAUGGACCUGUAUGUUUCAUGUGAGACAACAGGUGGUACUUUGGAGGCAAAUUCGACGCUCUUUUCAAACAAUUCUGUCUCACUCCAUAUGGAAAGGGGGUUUUUCUUUAGUAUCAAUGAUCCGGAGUCAGAUGACACGAAUACGCCGCUAGCAUCGAACUUACAUUGGACGCCGCAUAUCGAAUAUCUUCCUUUCAAAGAACAACUGCCACCCCAUGAACCAGCAUUUGAUGGGAAGACAAUGGCCAGGCUAACAAGCACAUGUGUGGCUGAAGCAUAUCGCCUAACAAAAAAUUCUAUCCCUGUUUCGGAUCACCUUGAGAAAUACCAUGUUUGGCUUAAAGAUCUUUAUCGGAAGAUUCAAGAAAAGUCACCCGAAAUUGUUCCCGAGAUGAGGGAAGAGGAUGUUUCAGUACUUAGCGUCCUCAGUCCUUAUGGUGAUGCAUUGAACAAGGAAGCACGUGGGUCUCAUCCCUGGCUCAUACCUACCCUCGAGCUCUUGCAUAGAGUCUGCUUUGGAUUGCACGACGUGUUGGAGGGUCGCAUUAAUCCUCUCGAGUUUCUCAUGCAGAACGAUGGGAUGAUAAAAUUCUUUGACGCUAUGUGUGGGAUUUCACCUUGCGAAGACUUCAUCGCACUACUAGGUCAAUCUAAUCCAGCUAUUCGUAUUCUCGAAAUUGGCGCUGGAACAGGCGGGUUGACAUCCACUGCCCUGAAGACUCUCAAUCCAGAAAGUGGUCGAAUUUAUUUACGCUACACCUUCACGGACAUAUCACCCGGCUUUAUCGCAGAUGCACAGGAGCGAUUCCAGAAGUACGAUGCUGUGGAAUACGCAAUCCUUGAUAUCUCUCGCGAUCCAGAAGAACAGGGCUAUGUUGCGGAGAGUUAUGAUCUGAUCCUGGCUGGCAAUGUGCUACACGCGACACCACACAUAUCCAGCACGCUCAAUAACAUCCGCAAACUCUUAGCCCCCGGUGGUCGACUACUCAUGCAGGAGCUCAGUGGAGAUACUCCCAUGAUCAAUUUCAUAUGUGGCAUUUUACCGGGAUGGUGGCUGGGAGAGAAUGACGGCCGCUCGGAUAGCCCCGCAUUGUCUGUUGAGAGAUGGCAUGAUGAGUUGACCAAAGCGAACUUUACCGGUGUGGACGCCGUGCGAUAUGCCAAUGACCGACCACUGAGUCUGACAGCGGUAAUCCUUUCCAGAACGAAAGCUACCGAUGACAAUGCAACAGGGGGGCGGAUUGGGCUGCUUUAUCUGUCACAUAUCACGGAAUGGGGACGUGAAUUAGAGAAAGCACUUACUCUUGCUGGCUAUACGGUGACAUGGUACACACUUCAAGAUAAACCCCCAACUGGAUCUGAUCUUAUUUCCCUGCUUGAUCUGGAAGGGCCAUUCUUUCAGUACUUGUCGGCUGAUGAGUUUGACUUGUUCCGAAACUACCUUUCCACGUUGGCCGAGGGUCAUCUCCUUUGGAUCACCAAGAGCCUCCAAAUUACAUGUGAAGCUCCUGGUUUUGCAUUGGUCUUAGGAAUGGCUCGCACACUUCGAAACGAACUAAGCAGCAAAUUUGCGACAGUGGAAGUUGACCAAUUUGAUGACAAUUCCAUAGCCUCGGUACUCAAGGUUCUAUGCGCUUUGAAGGUUCAAUCUCAGCGGCCGUGGCUUGAUCCAGAUUAUGAAUAUGCCAUUCAGGAUGGAAGGAUUCUUCUGCCUAGGAUCCAAUGGUCUUCGCUAGAUCAACAGCUGACUGAUGUGCCACACCUGUCAGCAGCAAGAUCACUGGAUAUCAAGUUCAAUGGAAUCUUUGAUUCCUUAACGUGGGCCAUUUCCAUGUCGCCAGUCUCUCAGUCUGAUUUAAAAGAUGAUGAAGUCGAGGUGGACAUGAGAUAUGUUGGCAUGAAUUUCCGGGACAUGAUGAUUACCAUGGGAUUUUUCGGAGCUACAGAGCAACUCGGAUUCGAAGGAAGUGGUAUUGUUCGACGGGUAGGGUCUUCUGUGGAGCAUCUCCGAGUCGGCGACAAAAUUAGUUGCAUCUAUGAUGGUCUAUUCGCCACUCGAGUUGUUGCCCCAGCAUUUCUCUGUGAGCCUAUUCCUGAAGGGACAACUCUCGAAGAUGCGGCAUCCUUCACAGUUGUUUUUGCAACGGCAAUAUAUUGUCUUAUAACCGUUGGAAAUCUCCAGAAAGGCCAGUCUGUGCUGAUUCAUUCCGCGUGUGGAGGCGUUGGAUUGGCUGCGAUCCAGAUCUGCCGCAUGAUCGGGGCAGAAAUAUUUGUCACAGUCGGGACGAAAGACAAAUUUCGUCAUCUCGUCAAUGUGAUAAAAAUUCCAGCUCAACGAAUAUUUGAUUCCAGAAGCACAUCAUUUAUGCAGGGUGUGCUUAGGGAGACGAAUGGACGCGGGGUUGAUCUGGUGCUAAACUCUCUAGCCGGCGAAUUGCUGCAUGCCUCGUGGAGAUGCGUCGCCAGAUUUGGGAAAAUGGUUGAAAUUGGGAAGCGAGACUUCUUGGGCCACGGUAAACUUGACAUGAAGCCCUUCCUUGACCACCGAUCCUUCCACGGCGUGGAUCUCAGAACGCUAUCUCUUGAGUAUCCGACGGUACUUCGGGGUCUGGUUGACCAAUUCAGAGAAUUCGUCAAGCAAGGAAAAUUGACACGCAUCGAGCCGGUGACAGUUUUCGAAGCUUCUGAUAUUAUCAAAGCGUUCCGUCACAUGCAAACAGGCCAGCAUAUGGGCAAAAUUGUCGUUCGAAUGCCGGAAGAUCCGGAAAAUUUACCAAUAACCGGGAUACAUCGCAGCGUCCCCAUCUUCAGAUCAGACGCCUCGUACCUUUUGGUUGGAGGACUCGGGGGACUUGGCCGAGGGAUAAGUACUUGGAUGGUGGAAAAAGGCGCCCGCAAUUUCAUCUUUCUAUCUCGGUCAGGUGCUGAAUCUACUGAGACCCAGAACUUCAUCCAAGAUCUAGAGAAUAACGGUAUUAUCAGCGUGACGGUGGUCACAGGUGAUGUCUCCGUGGAAGGAGACAUUCACCGGGCUAUUUCUGCAGCAAAAUAUCCCAUUGCAGGAAUUCUCCAGAUGGCAAUGGUGCUCAAGGAUCAGAUGUUCUCCAAUAUGACCUACGAAGAAUGGACAGCUUCCCUGGUGCCCAAGGUGCGAGGAACAUGGAAUCUCCAUUACAAUUUCCAAAACAAGCCACUCGACUUCUUUGUCCUUUUCAGUUCUGUCACGGGCCUCAUGGGAUUAGGCAGCCAGGCCAAUUACGCUGCAGCCAACACUUUCCUCGAUUCAUUUGUGAAGUAUCGUCAUUCCCAGAAGCUACCAGCAAGUGUUAUUGAUCUUGGUGUUAUGGGAGAUAUCGGUUACGCGGCUGAAAACAACCCACAAUCAUUGAAAGUCUUUACUUCUCUUGGUAUUCAAAUACUGGAAGAAAAGCAUCUGCUUCAAGCUUUGGAGAUCUCCAUAUUUUCUCAAUUUUCUCAUCGGUCAUCACAACUCAUCGUGGGACUGGGGACAAGGACAUCGAGUACGCCUGCCCUGGUCCGAGAAGGUCGUUUUAGUCGUUGGCAGAAUGUUGCUGUCAGCGGGAAAGCAACGACCGCACCUCGAUCUCACGCAUUGAAGUCUCUUUUGGAUGAAAUUCGCGACAAUCCCAAACUACUGGAUGAAGAGACCACUCACGACAAGAUUACUAUCGAGCUGGGCAAGGUUGUUGCUUCCCAUCUUGCCUAUGCAGAAGACCUGAGCAAAGAGGAACUGGCUAAUAUUGCAAUCGAUUCAUUGAUGGGCAUUGAAAUUCGCAGCUGGUUUCGCCGUAACGCAGGUAUCGACAUUUCUCUUGUAGAGAUAUCGAAUGCUGGCACUGUCGGAGGCCUUGCUGACGUUGCAGUCAAGAUGCUACGUAAGAAGCACUUGGAUGGAGAAGAACUUCCAAGCCCAUCUAAAAUACCUUCAACGGCUGAACCAGAUGAACUACCAAUUUGCUUGGAGGAUAUGAAGCUAGGAAGUGACUUCCAGCCUAUCCCCGGGCAUGUCCCGGACUGGUGCUCUGAAUCCGAAGGAGCCAUCUUCCUGACUGGUGCGACAGGAUUUGUGGGUGCCUUCUUCUUAUUGGAUCUUCUUGCUCUCCCACAAGUCAAGAACGUCACUUGCCUGGUUAGGACAACGGAUCCGGAGUCAGGCAAACGGCGGAUUAAAAAUACAUUUGCUCGAUACUCCCUACCCACGAGUUCUCUGAGCAAAUUGACUGUGGUCCCUGGAAACAUCGCCUAUCCGAACUUGGGAAUGUCGAAAGAAGACUUUGAAUAUCACGCACAGGUAUCAAGUGCUGUCUUCCAUCUUGCAGCCCACGUCAAUUAUACCCUUCCAUACUCUGCUCAUCGAGAGGGCAACAUUACUGGAAUCCUCAAUGUGUUGAAAUUUGUCAAUGCUGGUCGUCUUAAGGCUUUACAUUACUGCUCAAGUUUCUCGGCUUGCGGUAUUCCGCCUUUCGUCUCUGGUGGUGGUGCAAUCCCAGAGGAUAAAAGGGCGGCGCUGGAUCGUCGAUCCUUUGAAAUGCACUCUGGAUACACCAGAAGUAAGCUGGUUGCAGAGAACAUAGUGUGGAAUGCCAUUGGGAACGGUUUCCCCAUAUCCAUUUAUCGUCCAGGGUUUGUGAUGGGCCACAGUGACACGGGAAUUGAUAAGCCUGAGGACCUAUCCAGUCGUCUGAUGAUCAACUGUAUCCGACUCGGAGCGUUCCCGACCCCCCCUGCGCAACGCACCCACAUUGUUCCAGUCGACUUUUUCUGCGCAGCGAUGCUGCAUAUCUCGCAGUCUUCCGAGAGCCACGGCCAUGCCUUCAACGUGGUAUCACCUCACGAUCAAACCAUCACCUUGCGUGAUACGUUCAGAAUUAUAAGCGACUGCUGUCCCACUCCCUUACGAGAGGUCUCUUCAGCCGAGUGGCUGCAGUUGUUACGGGAAGGUGGCAAGAAGAGCAUGAAAGCGGCUAGUCCAAUGCUCCAAGAAAGACUGGCGGAUAGCCUGAUCUUUUGGGAUACCAGCAGCGGAAUGUCCACGUAUGAAACCACCAAUCUGCGCAAGGCGCUGGCAAAAUCGCCCGAGAUUCUGAACGUCAAGUCUAUGCCAGAUCUUCUCAGGACAUACUUUGACCAUUGGAAGGUUGCAGCUGUAGAGGCGAAUGUCAAUAUCUGA